CUAUGUGGGCAAGCUGUUGUAAUUGGCUUUGUCUGGAUGGCUCACCCGAAGAGAUGCAGCCGCCACCGCAGCAGGGAGCCAGAGCCCAAGCCUAUUCCAACCCCGGGUACAGCUCCUACCCGUCUCCCACCGCUUCUGAGCAGAGCUGCAAAGCCUGCGGGGUGCACUUCGACAGCUCCGCCAGGAAGCACAUCUGCUUGGACUGUAAGAAGAAUUUUUGUACGUCCUGCUCAAACCAGCCUGAGGGUGGUCCCCUCCUCUGCCAUCUAUGCCAGCGCUUCCGAGCCACAGCUUUUCAGCGGGAAGAGUUGAUAAAGAUGAAGGUGAAGGAUCUGCGAGACUAUUUGGCACUCCGUGAGAUUUCCACAGAGUUGUGUCGUGAAAAGGAGGACCUGGUAUUUCUGAUUCUUGGCCAGCAGCCUGUAAUUACCCAGGAAGAUCAGAUAAGAACAAAUUCAUUUAAUACUAGUGCCUCUGGACAGCAAGACUUUGUGAUUCUCCCACCAACCAGCAUAGCAUCUUCUACCUCACAUGACGUGUCUCCUGUGUCUGCAGAUCCCAUCUCAAGUUCACUAGCUCAGGAACAUCAACAGGCAAAUGGUUAUGUGCCUCCAAGCCAAGUCGGUAUGACAGGAGUUGAGAAUGCAGCAGAAGCACCAACAGAGGAGGAGACACAGUCUACUGACUCAGAAGAUAACCUGGUGCAGGGGAGGAAGGCUUCUCUCUCGGAUCUAACGAGCAUCGGAGACAUCAAUGCACUCUCCGUGCGACAGCUGAAGGAAAUUCUUGCUCGCAACUUUGUCAACUACAAAGGCUGCUGUGAAAAGUGGGAGCUGCUAGAGAGGGUGACUCGUCUUUAUAAAGAGAAGGACCUUCAACAUCUAGUUUCUGACACUGACGAUCAAACUGGUGGUGCUGGGCUGCCUGGCCCAGAGGACAACCUCUGCAAAAUCUGCAUGGACGCGCCUAUUGACUGUGUCCUGCUGGAGUGCGGCCACAUGGUCACUUGCACCAAGUGCGGGAAGCGGAUGAGCGAAUGUCCCAUAUGCAGGCAGUACGUGAUAAGGGCUGUCCAUGUUUUUAAGUCCUAAGUGUGCGUAAGGAAGACUGGCGAUGCCUUAAAGCCUCAUCUGCUGUUAGAGAAAUGGUCAAAACCGCUACAAAUAGUUAGGUCAGAGCUUAGCGUAUGGACCCCGCUGGAAGGUGGAAGUGAGGAAGGACGAAGCCUGGGGAAAACUGCUCUUACUCAAGCCAUGCCUGGCUGUGCUCUUCCCACUAUAGUGCUUUACACCACAGUGCCUGGACUCCUUGGAGCUUAGUGCCAGCAGCAGACACAGAAAUCAUUAACAACCGACAUUUCUAGAAUAACUUGGUCCGCUAGCGUUGGGGAUGGAUG